AGUUAAGAAGGCAAAAAGAAGACGAUCAGCAAAUUUCUCAUUUUUUUUAUCUAAUUUUAAUUUUUUUUUUGUUUAAAAUCUUUUAAUUUUUAAAUGGACAACAGAAGAGCAAUGAUGAUUUCCGUGACCGUUCUUGGUGUAUCGAUUGCUGCCUUUAUGUUCGCGUACAUGGCCUUUGGGGACAAUACAGACGAGGAUAUGAAGACACUGAAGCAAGUCAAUAUCAUUUUUAGGCACGGUGCGAAAUUUCCUGACCGAAUUUAUCCAAAAGAUUUUCACUUGACGGAUGUUCAGAAUCAUGAUUUGGGAGCACUGACUAAUGCUGGCAGCCUGCAGAUGUACAAUUUGGGAAAGAAUCUUCAUCAUCGUUAUUUAAAGUUGUUUCCAAGUAACGGAUUUUAUUCGAAAAAAGUGGUUUCGGUUAAAUCGAGUUGGAAGGACCGGACAAUUAUGAGUGCGCAGUCGUUUUUGGCGGGCUUCAUGCCACCACUCGAGAACUUCAAUCCACUUCCGAUACCAUGGCAACCAGUCGCUAUCUACACAAUUCCACGCAACAUGGACGACAUAAUAGCUCAAAAACGUGACUGUCCAAAAUAUGAUGAAGUCUACGAGGAAGUCAUGAAAUCUGAGGAAAUCCGUCAACUUGAUAAAAACAAUAAAGCACUUUACAGGAUCUUAUCACUUAAUACAGGCAUAAAUAUCAGCAGUUUACUGGAUGUUGAGCUUCUUCAUGGCACUUUAGAAGCUGAAAAGGAAGCUGGUUGGGACUUGCCAGACUGGACUGAAGGUGUAUUUCCAUCGAAAACUUUACCACUGGCUGAACGGUACUUAAGGCUGAUCACAGAAACUCCAUUUAUGAAGAGAAUCAAGGCGGGUCCUUUAAUGACUGAAAUUAUGGAAAAUAUGUUCAGCAAGAAGAACAGCUUGCCACAAGAAUAUGAUGUAAAUAUCUAUUCAGCACAUGACGUAACUCUUGUGAAUCUCAUGAAUUCCAUGAAUAUUUUAAAUCAAACAUCAAAUAAGCCUGACUUUGCAUCAGCACUGGCAAUUGAAGUGCAUAGCAGCUACACAAGUAUCGAUAUGGACGUAAAAAUUUAUUAUUAUUUUAAUUCAAACGAUAAAUAUCCGAAGGCUAUUGAUAUUGGCGGUUGUGAAUCGCCGUGCACUUUAAAUCGAUUCCGUAAAGUCAUGAAUCAUUUGGUGGUGAAUGAUUUUCAGAAGUUGUGUGAGAGGGCUUAG